GGCGCCAGCGGCAGCAGCGGCAGCAAGGAGCUGCAGACGCCGACCAGCGCGUUGCAUGACAUGGUCGAAGGCGAGCAGGCGCCCGAUGGGAUCAAGACCCACGAGGCGUUCGAGGCGGCCGCGGCCGCUGCUACUGCCAAGCACGCCGACGCAGACCCCAGCUACUACCAGGAGCUCACCGACGGCAGGACCAUCGAGGACCGCUUUGGGGAGCAGGGUUCCCGCCGCUGGCAGAAGGUGAUGUCCCUGUGCGAGAUCUCGAGAGGCACGGCGCUGCCCUUUUUCAAGAAGAAGGCCGGCCACGCCGAGGCGACGGUGAUCAAGAUCGAGAGCGGCAGGAAGAUGGUCAACAAGGAGCAGCUGGAUCGGUGCCUCGUUCGCAGCAAGCACAACCCACGCCAACAGGCCACUGUUGCCAAGGAGUACUGCAAGAGCGUCCUCGAGAAUGGCUUGCAGAUGAGUUGCAGGGGCGCCCCGAUCGCCGUCAUGGGGGCCGCGAAGGACAGCAUCGAGUUCCAGAUGUUGGCGGGGGCAACGCUCAUGGAGGGAUAUUUCCUUGCAGUGGAGACGGAUCCUGAGAACGAGUUUGUUGUAGCGGCUGCUGAAUCAGGAUACCAGAAUUGCAUUGUGCUGAGGGGCGACACCCCCACCGACGUGCUCAUUUGGGUGAUGAAUGCACACAAUAAGUUCCACGGCGGCGCGAUGACAUCUUUCCUUGAGCUGAUCGAAGGCGUGGACAACGUAAUCACUGGUUGGAGGAACCAUUGCCAAGCACAGAACAUCACGGUGGGCGGCUGUCCGACGAAAGGGCCUCUCAGGUAUGAGGCGUUGAUGAUGAAGUGCGUUUCCGAAAAGCACAAGCAGUGCGCCAACUAUGACGAGUGCAGGAACGCUAAGGGAUUCAAAAACAAGAUGGCGAGCAUCGGCGUGUACGGAGAAUGGAAGGGCUUCAUGGAGCGCGCGUGCGAGUUCUUGCACAAGGGUUUGGAACCAGCUCGCAUGAUCAGGAUGCUCUACGAGUGCUUGAUGCUCAUUGAGGGUUUCCGCGAUGCCUCAGACGAUUACGUGUUGAACAUCGUUCUGGUCGAGCUGUUGAAGUUCGUCGUUCCGCUCGACCCCUCUUCCGAAGAGUUUGAGUUCUACUCCGAGGCCAGCCUUUUCAACGCGGAGAACAACAUGAAGCCUCUUUCGACGGUUGCGUUGCUGAAGCUUCCGAUUGGCGGGUCCGUCCUCUACGACAAGGCUAAGAUCGCUGCCAAGGCUGGGACCAAGGCAAACAAGGAUGCGAAAGCCAAGGCGAAGGCCAAGGGCAAGCCGAAGCAGCAGGCAAAGGCGCGCUCGGACAAUGGAGAACCGAACCCGAAGUCGGCCAAGACAGGACCAGUACCCGAGGAGGAGCAGCUGGACUUGCUGUACAUCGACGACAAGGGCAACGCGAAGGAGAAGCGUUUUCUGCACGAUUUCUGCUGCGCCAUUACUUCGAUCCUCCAGUUCGUGGACGAGGGGAAGAGGAAGAAGAAGGACAUCAUAAACGUCGUGCGUAUCGGGCUCGACUUCACGUUCGUCGGCGCCGUGGAGGUCGAGGGCAGGGAGCUGAAGCAGUGGUCGAAGGUGCGCUCCCACAUGAAAAUGCUGCUCAUCAGGGCCCACAAGCAGGCUCUGCUUCUGAAUUUGCGGGCCGAGAACGGGGCUGGGGCGGUCACCGACUCCGAGGGCGGAGUCACCGAGGCCAUCGCUCGGACGAUCGGCGACGACGAUUUGUUGGCGCAGCAGCAGGGUCAGGGCCAGCAGGACGACGCCGCCCCCCACAUGGCGAAGGACCCCCGCUCCCCGCACGUUCAGCGUGCCUUGAACAGGUUGGCUCCGUUCGGCAAGGACACAGAUUUCCUGCUCCAGGACAAGGUGGGCAAGCCGAACACGCCACUCAAACUCCGCGCCGAGUACCUGCACGUCUUGAACGUCGUUUCGCCUGACAUCGAGGCGAUCAAGGCCGAGAACCCCGACGACGCGUCGGCCCUGCCUCAGAUCGUUCGUGCCUUGCAGCCCAUCAUAUUUGCUUCGUUUCCAGUCAAGCUCAUGGCGUUCUUGCAGGGAGUCAACGACGUGGUGAUUGCCGUGGCCGCGUCCAAGAAGAUCGGCGACAAGCACGCCGACAUCUCGUGUGCAUCCCAUGGCGUGUUCGAGAAGAUCGGCGAGUUCAACCAGCAGAAGGUCAACCGCUACGACAUCACCCUCGGCAUCUUGUGGGCGUUGCUCGUCGGCGAUGGCAGGGCGUCGGUCGCUGACUACUCGGGGAACCUGAUGCAGAUGAGGGGCGCUGAUCAGGAUAAGCUCGUGAACGCCGAGUUGAAGAUCAUCGACCAGGAGGCGUGGGUGAAGUGGUGGCUGGACGCGGUUCUGAAGGGCAAGAGCUCGGUCCUCCCCGCCGAGACGGUUGCCGCGGCCCCCGAGGGCGGCGCCGACGAGAAGGCCGAGGACGAAGAGGAGGCCGUCGAGGAGACCGAGGCCGCAGGUGUGGAAGAGGCGCUGGUGCCGCUGCUGCCUCCGACCUCUGCGCCGAAGACGCUGCUCACUGAGAUGGCGGGGUCCUCGGGCGGCAACGCGGUCGAGUACUUGUUCAUGAGGACGGUCGAGGCUUGGCUGUUCACUUCAACGCAGUACAGGACGGGGCUCCAGAUCAUGAAGCCAGACAAGGGCCACGGUGACGUGCUGCUGGUGAAAGACGAGAUGAGCGAGAAGGAGAAAUACAAGAUGCAGGCUGCAGUGCGCAAGGCCAACAUCAUGCUGACGUUCAUCGGCAAGGUUACCAAGGUGCCGUCCAAGGGGGCGCUCUUCUUGUGCGAGGCGUUCGGCGUGAACUUCUACGUCGAGGUUGGUUCGCACGGCGUGAUCGGAGGCACGGCGCCGCUGGUCCCUGCAUGGAUCGUCCCCGAGGUCGCGAAGCAGGCCAUGCCGACCAUGACGGUCCAGAAGGAGGUGGUCUCGUACCUGUGCCGCCACAUGGACUCCCUGGGCCACACGGCGACGACGGAGUUCAAG